AUGGAGAUUUUCGUGAAGGCCCUUAAAGAAAGAGAAGAAGUUAUUGAAUCUUUGUAUAAAAACCAGAAGAUUCUCGUAGAUAGAAUCAAGACGCAACACGAACGUUGGCUCUCUGAUAUUCAAAACUACGAGGAGAAACUCUCUCAGAAGGAAGGCGAAAUCGAAACGUUGGAGAUGACUAGGUUGGUUGAGAAAGCUCGUAAUGAUCAGUUGCUUGUGUUGAAAGAAAAAAAUCAUUCUCUCUGUAAAGAGAAAUUAGACCAAACUGAGGAUGUGUUAGAUGAGUUCAAAGCUUGGAUUGAUAUCUUCACUUCGAAUCAAAGUAAGGAAGUUUGCACCAACUCUGAAGAUACAGAUGAAUGUAGAUUACUGGAAGCCAAGAUCAAGAAACAGAAACGUGAUUUUGCUAAGCUUGCUUUUGGAAAGACAGGUGAGGUCUCUUCUCUUGAAACUAGGUUUGCGUGGAGUGAAUUCAAACGUAUCGAAGGUGGGUUCACAGAGAAGUUAGUGAGGAAAGAAGAGGAGAUCAAAGAAGCUAAUAUGAGUAUCUCAAGCCUCCAAGAGCAGCUUCAAGCGUCUAAUCAUGAGAAGGGUAGGCUUAUGUCUAGAGUAGCUGAGUUAGAAGACAAUGCUAGUAAAAAAAAGGUUGGGAAAAUUUUAAGACUCACACAUGACGUUAAGACAUUAAGGAGGUCUGCUAGGCUAAGAGCGAUGCAGAAAUAG